AUGGUUGAUUGGACCGAUGAUUCCAUCGGCGUAUCUUGGGAGGCAAUGAGGGGGACGUUGAUUGGACCGAUGAUUCCAUCGGCGUAUCUUGAUGAUAGGAUAAGUGAGGAUAGAGAUUAUGGUGCGAGUUUGUUGAAACAGAAAUCAGAGGAAUGUAUGGAGUGGUUAGAGACUAAGCCGGUUCAGUCGGUUGUGUUUAUCUCGUUUGGUUCGUUUGGGAUUCUGUUUGAGAAGCAACUGACAGAGAUAGCUAUUGCUUUACAAGAAUCUAACUUGAACUUCUUGUGGGUGAUUAGAGAAGCUCAUAUCAAAAAACUGCCGGAAGGGUUUGUGGAAUCGACUAAAGACAGAGCGUUGUUGGUUUCUUGGUGUAACCAGCUUGAGGUUUUAGCUCAUGAGUCGAUAGGUUGCUUUUUGACUCAUUGUGGUUGGAACUCGACAUUGGAAGGGUUGAGGUUGGGGGUUCCUAUGGUUGGUGUGCCUCAGUGGAGUGAUCAGAUGAAUGAUGCUAAGUUUGUGGAGGAUGUUUGGAAAGUUGGGUAUAGAGCGAAAGAGGACGCUUGUGAAGGGAUUGUGAAGAGUGAAGAGGUGGUGAGGUGUUUGAAAGGAGUGAUGGAAGGAGAGAGUAGUGUUAAUAUUAGAGAGAGUUCUAAGAAGUGGAAAGAUUUGGCUGUCAAGGCAAUGAGUGAAGGAGGAAGCUCUGAUCGGAGCAUUAACGAAUUUAUAGAGAGUUUAGUGAAGAAACAUUGAUUUUAACUUUGUAAAUCACGGUAAUGUAUGUGUUUGUUGUUGUUGUUGUAUAAGAAGAGCAUUGUACCGA